AACGACGGCCCAGUGGGGGAGAGGAGACUGAAAAAUACAAAAGCAUGGACGCGGGAUGUGACAGUGGUGAGAUUGAGAGUGCUGCUUAGCUGCAACGACGUCGCUUCUAGGGCUGCCUCUACCCCAAAGUCGACUUAUAUACUGUACUUGUCUGCAAGGAUGCGCAUGCUCCUCUGUCAGCUCCUGGUCGUGGCCCUUACGGUGCCUGUGGCCAUGGCUUCCUAUGUCGCAGAGCACAAUUUCACGGUAGUCAAGACUACAGUGCUCAAGAACGGGCAGAUCAUCGACUGGGUUCAUCGGGACGAUCAAGGGACCAUCGCUCAGCCGCCAGACUUCCCUCCCGGUGAGGCCACCGAGGUUGCCACACAUUCUCUCAAGGCCUUCAAGGAGAGCAACGCUGGCCCCGAUGGCACUGUCCCGAUCUUGCGAUCGACAGGCAAUGUCUCGGCCAUGAAGAGCAACCCCAAUACCAAGAAGCAGCCAGCAUCGCGCAUCACAAAGCGUGGCUAUGAGGGCAGUCACUGGUAUGUCAGCACUGCUGACGUUGGUGACAGCAUUGGUACCAGCGGCACCCUCAGCAUGUACAAGGCCUAUGUUGAAAGCACCAACGACUUCUCUCUCCUCCAGACGGCCGUCAUUCGCACCGGUGUCCCCAAGGUCGGCGUACAGUCGGUUGAGGCUGGAUGGAUCAACUACCCGGACCAGGUUCGUAACCCUCAUCUCUUCACUUUCUUCACCACCAAUGGAUACACUGGGUACGGCGAUUAUAUCUGCGGCUGGAACACCGAGUACCGCGGCUGGGUCCAGUACGACAACUCGUACUAUCCCGGUAUGGAGAUGACUCCGCUGGCAGUCGUCGGUGGCACACAAGCUGAGUUUGCCAUUACCGUCCGUCUUGUUAGCGGCAACUGGUGGGUUGGAAUCAAUGGCAAAUGGAUCGGAUACUAUCCCGCCAACCUCUUCACUCGCGACGGAAACGCAGCCAGUGCAACCUUGGAGUCUAAGGCAACCGAAGUCGACUGGUACGGCGAGGUCUUUCAGAACCAGAGCCAACUGACGACUACGGACAUGGGCAGUGGCCACUACGCCAGCGAGGGAUCUGGCAAGGCUGCAUACAUUCGCCGAAUCACGGUAGUCGAUCCCUCUGGUACAGCCUAUCAAUAUGACGGCUCUGGACAAGUUGUUGUUAGCGACUCCAACCGCUACAGCCUCAAUGCAAGCUUUGCCUCCGGUACCAAUUGGGGCAGCUUCUUCUUCCUUGGCGGUCCUGGCGCCGGCGGCGUUAUCAACGGAUAACAAAUCAUUUAAAAAGUAUAUAUGUACACCUAAAAAGUGUAUACGAGAAUGUAUAUAGGUCAAAGCAUAUAGAACAUAGGGUAUAGAGCAUAUGGCAUGUAGCAUAGCGCAUGGA